GUCCUUUCGGUUUGCCUGCGGCUUAUGCGCGUGUGUCGGUACCGCUUCUCUCUGGCUCGCUGCAUGUCGGUUUUCUUUCUCGUUUCUUAGAGCCAUUCCUUCUUUUUACUCUCACUCUCAUUCAUACCUCAUCGCUUCACAGAUUCGUCACUCCCACCUCACUCUUGCUCUGUUUCAUUCUCUCUCUCUCUCUCUCUCUCUCUCUCUCUCUGAUUCUGAUCGAAUACCUCAACCCCACUUCCCACAAUCACUACUUUUCAUCUGGGGUUUUCUCAGAUCUCCGAAAUCUCUCUCGGAAAUGGUGGAUCUGAGCGGGAAAGGAUCGGAAGCCGAGGACGCUAAUGCGAGGAAUCCGAACGGGACUUCGUCGGAAGAAAGCCCAAAGAAGACUUGCGCCGAUUGCGGCACCAGCAAGACCCCUCUAUGGAGGGGUGGUCCGGCCGGGCCAAAGUCACUGUGCAACGCAUGUGGUAUCAAAAGCAGGAAGAAGAAGAGAGCGAUUCUGGGUUUGAACAAGGGAAGCAACGAAGAGAAGAAGAGAAGUAGCAAUAAUAACAAUCGAAGCAGCAAGAUUGGGGACAGCUUGAAGCAGAGACUAAUGGCUUUAGGAAGGGAGGUUUCGAUGCAGAGGAACAAGUUGGGAGAGGAAGAACAAGCAGCAGUUCUGUUGAUGGCUCUCUCCUAUGGAUCCGUUUAUGCUUAGAACCACGAAAUAGUUUUUUUUUGUUUUUUUUGGGGUCUUCUAGGAUACACUCACCUUAACAUUCGAAGUGUAUCUUUCAUUUCAAUGUCUGUCUUGUGAUAUCUCGUUAUUUUUAGCUCACUGACUCUUUCUUUGUUGCCGUCUAUGUAUCUCACCAAGAAUUGUAAGAAACUAUUCAAAUCCAAUUUUGAUAAUGUAGCCUUGAUUACAUUUGUCCCCAA